AUGAUUUCAAAAAAACUAAAAAGCAAUAAUCCAGAACUACCAGCACACAUUGCCAAUAUCUACAAGAUCUUAAACGACGAAAAUGCACGGUACAAAGAUGCAAAAGAUAUCGCCAAAAAAAUAAAACAGUUCAUCAAAGACAACAAUCACGAUCCAUACGAGAUUUUCAAAUGGUUUUGUUGUGAGCCUGAGGAUGAGCAAUCACCACCACCACCGGAUAAAAAUAAUAAUCCAGAAUAUUAUUUCUUGAUUGGAUUUUUGUGGGAAUGGGGAAUUGGGAUUGAGUCGUCUAUGAAAGAUUCUUUUUAUUGGUAUCAAUUGGCGGCGGAAUCUACUAAAGACGAUCCGGUCGUGCAUAAUCAGGGCAAAAAAAAUCUUGCAAACUGUUAUGCUAAUGGACUGGGUGUCGCAAGAGAUCUUCAAAAAGCACUUCAACUUUACCAAGAAUCUGCACAGGCGGCAUACUACGAAAGUGCAUUGAUCCUCGCCCAAUAUCUCAAAUCUGAUGCCGAAUCACAAGAAAACCAAGAAAAGUCAUUCAACUGGAUACGAAUCGCCGCCUAUGAUUCCUAUCCGCCUGCACAAACAGAGUUAGGCCUACAUCAUCUCAACUCGAGUAAGGCUGAAUCAGCAAAAGAAUGGUUCAAACUAGCUGCCGAAAAUGGAGAGCCACGUGGACAAAUACAAUACGCACACUUCACGCGGGACUCGACGGAAAAAUUCACUUAUUUUAAGAAGGCAGCCGAAGCAGGAGAUAUAGAAGGACUCUAUAGGUUAGGUGACUGUUAUCUUAUGGGAAUCGGAACACGAAUAGAUUGGAAUAAGGCAACGCGUUGUUUUCUUAAAGUCGCUGAGAAAAAUGGAAAUGAUUUCGAUACGUACACUUUGUUGGCGUGUCACUUUUCUCUUGGUAUUGGAUGUUCAAAAGAUAUGCAUCAGACUAUGCGAUAUUAUAAGUGUAAAAUUUAA